CAGAGAUCACGCCGCGCUCUUUUCCCGCUCGUUCAAAAUUCUACCAUAGUGUAGUGUAGCCGUCCCACCCACCCACCCUUCCACCAUUUCUAUCGAUCUAGUCUCUCGUUUCCCUUUUUCCACCCACUUUCCUAUUUUCUUCCCUUUCCCUCGCUUCUAUUGUCAUCAUAAUUACACUUUCAAAUAAAAGGGAUCCUAACCCAUACAAUCGUUUCACCAACCGCGCGCACUUCCCUCGUUCGAUUUCGCAACUUAACCCUAUUCACACUUCCACUUCCAGUCUCGAUAUCCGACGACACUCUCCCCGCUGAGAGCAACCGCCUUCGUUUAGUUGACUGGUCGACAUUCGCCGCGCCCAAGGGAAGCUAAUUAGCCUGCGCUAAACCCAAGAACCGAUCGUCACCUAGUGCACACCCGGGCCUCUCACCGAGCCAGCAGACUACUGGAGGGCGUCGAGCCAGUGUAAUAACCCUUCCCCAUAAGGGUUCGACGAUUCCCACGCAUACCAUCAACCAUCAACACCACAUCAACACUUUCACAUCAGUGUCAUCAUAAUGCAGCUCAGUCGCCUACUUCUUGUUGGCCUUUCGGCCCUAAGUGUCGCCGAGGCCUCCUACAUCCGCAAGGGCGUCAAUGUCCCUCACCACAACAAUGUCGGUCCCCUGGUGCGGAGAGCAGACAGCGAUAGCUCCUCCGCCGACCUCCCCGUGGACACGAGCGUCGAGGUACCGACCCCAGAGACGACAUCAACAAAGGCUGCUCCUACCACAACAACAAGCGCAGACCCACCAGCCGAGACCACCACCACGUCCAAGUCUGUUUCGGUGCCAGCUGCCACUACAACGUCACCCCCAGCACAGACAACCACGAAACCCAGCAACAACGACCAGGCUACAGUAACAGCGAACCCUAACGGCGAAGUUGCUUCCUCUUCCAAGGAAGCAGCAACAACAUCGUCGUCCUCGGCUGGCGGAAGCGGUGGAUCAUCCAACAACGACGAUGACAACUCCAAGUCCAGCACGUCUGUCAAGCCCAUCAUCAAGACCAUCACCCAAAUCAUCACCACCACCAACGAGCAGGGAGUUGCGACAACCGUGACGAGCGAAGCCCUCACUACCUCGACCCCGUCUCCUAGCCUUGCCUCCGGUCAGGACAACAAGGACGGCGACAUGUCGUCCCAGACCCGCAACACUGUUAUUGGCGUCGUUGUCGGUAUCGGCGGAGCCAUCAUCUUGGCCGGCUUGGGCAUCGUUGGCUGGAGGAUCUAUGGCCGCAAGAAGCAGUCCGAGGAGGCCGACAAUCUGAUGGAUUACAAUGAUGCUGGCAAGCCCGAAGUUGGAGGAUCGAUGGUUGGACGCACCCCCUUCCAAAGCACGCUGGAGAGCUAUCAUGCGCCGACGCAUGUGAACCAGGCGUCAAACUUCUAAUUUUUAUCUUGCGAUAUAUCCCCAAACAAAGAAAUAUGAAGUUUUUGCGUUGUUCCAUUUCGCUUUCUAAAGCGUACCAAAUCAUCAGCGAUCAAGAUACCCCUUCCGCGUCUUUCAGUCGUCGCCGUCGUCGCCAUCGCUGAGUUUGCCUGUUAUCGGCUACGGCAGCCUGCAUUUUUUUAUUUUCUUUCACAUAAAAUGUUUUUCUAGAUCUUACAAAACACGUGGCAAUGCCAUAUCGCCUCAACAUUCUUCUUUCUGACUCGGCUCUGCUUGGUUUUGAACCCUGGGGGGCUCACAUGUAUAUGUUGUGGCAAUCUACCGGUGGUGGGCAGAGCAUUUAUUUGGUAUGCGUUUGGGGGAGGAGAAGAUGCAACACAAAAUUGAUGUACACUACGUUUCUCUACGUACACACACUCAUUACACUCCCAUAUCACGAAAAGAUAACGAAAUUUGAAAGGGUGGAAAAGUCAUAGCAGAGCAGGCAAGCAAGCAAGCAGAGAAAUGGAUGGACGGAUGGAUGGAUGGAUGGAUGGAUGAAUGGAUAGAAGGAAAGAUAUUUCCAAAUCAUAUAACCGUUCCAACAAACC